AUGUACGCUCCAGAUAAUAGAAGAAAGGAUGCCAGAGAUGUUAUUUAUCGCAGCAAUUCUAGUCUUGACUUGAUAUAUGCUGAACAUCCCUCUGGGAAUGGUUUGAGACGGGAGUACGGAAGUCAUGGUUCAAUUGACGUAAUUGGUGGUGCAAACGAUCGGUUACCCGCAAUGGUACACAGCUACAGCGGUGUUUCAGCUCCAGACAAGACACCCGGUCUCAACCGCACCGUAGAUAGAAUUGCUGAUGGCCUUACUACUGACCAUGCAGAUGGUCCUCCAUCAAGAUCGAGUGCCAGUCCAAAACCGCGGCUCAAAUUGAAUAAACUAUGGGGUGGUGCAGCACCUGUGUUGAAUCGUCCAUCUCUGGACGAUGGUGGGCUUUCAAGUGUAGCUGAUGUUAACAAGAGGAAGCAGUUUGCUCACUAUGAUUGCCAAUCUCUUAUGGCUAACUUAACUUAUGCGGCUGAGAUCCGUGGAGCUUUGUUGAGCAGGCGUCGAAAUACUACAACUGGAGCAUCUGCUGCAUCUUUACUUGCUACCCGUGGACUGCCUCCUGGAGAAGAUGCAGUGCCAGAUACAGGAGAUGGAAGAUCAAAUGAGUUGUUAGAAAGCUGUCCCUUCUUCCGAAAUGAGUUGGGAGGUGAAGAAGAAAGAUGUGUGUCACUAUGUUGGAAGACUGCUCGCGGCGCUAUACUAGGCCAGUCAGGAGGCUGGCACCGUCCUCGCGCCGCUUAUGGGAUUUCCAUGUUAGAGUUCCCUCCCGGACAAACACACUGGCGUCAUGGCUGCCCAUUUGCCAGAUCCCUUUCACCAUUCCCUAUAGAAAGCCAGGACUUAGGAGCUUUGUACUACAGGAACUAUUUCUACAAUCAACCUCAUCAAAAUUGGUUUGGUAUGGACGAAAAUCUCGGUCCAGUAGCGAUAUCUAUCAAGAAAGAGAGGGUAGAGCUGCGUCGUGGAGGUGGCGAUGUGUCUGCUCCCGCGUCCCAGUUGGCGUGGCAAUACCGCCUCAUCUUACGAACUUCUGAGUUGCUCACCUUACGCGGGUCUGUGCUCGAAGAUGCUUUGCCUACGACCAAACCUAGCAACAACAGUGCUACCUAUAACACUAAAGAUGUACUGGAAUAUGUUGCUCCAGAGCUGCAAGUUAGCUGCUUGAGGCUUGGUAUCAACAAUGGUGGAGCCGAAGAACAACUGUUACGACUAGAUGAACAAUGCGUUACGAGACAUUACAAAGUCGGAGUCAUGUACUGCAAGAGUGGUCAGUCAACUGAAGAAGAAAUGUACAACAACCAAGAAGCUGGACCAGCUUUUGUAGAGUUUCUCAAGAUGUUAGGCCAAACAGUUAGAUUAAAGGACUUUGAUAAGUAUAAGGCUGGUUUGGACAACAGGACUGACUCCACUGGACUGUACUCCGUGUUCACCACGUAUCAGGGUUGUGACAUAAUGUUCCAUGUAUCCACCAUGCUGCCGUAUACUCCGAACAACCGACAACAGUUGUUGCGGAAGCGACACAUCGGCAACGACAUUGUGACCAUUGUCUUCCAAGAGCCUGGUGCGGCGCCGUUCACUCCGCGCAACAUCCGGUCGCAGUUCCAACAUGUUUUUGUUGUAGUUAGGGCUAUAGAUCCAUGUACAGAGAAUACGCAUUAUAGUAUAGCUGUGAGUCGUGCUAAAGAAGUGCCUUUGUUUGGACCUCCGAUAAAAGAUGGUGCGAUAUACCCGAAGGGCGAAGCAUUCACUGACCUAUUGUUAAGUAAAGUUAUUAAUGGCGAAAAUGCUGCUAUUCAAUCACCAAAGUUUAGUACAAUGGCAACGCGCACGCGUCAAGAGUACCUGAAAGAUUUAGCGAAGAAUUAUGUGACUGCAAGUACUGUCGAAACGGGACAAAAGUUCUCAAUUUUCUCGUCGUUACUGAUGAAAAGUGGCAGUACCUCGACAAACAACACUUUGAUCACACGAGUCGACAACUGUACGAACGAUGUCUUGGUUGGUGGCGCUCUCUGUUUCCACGUGCAAGUACAAGAUGAAGGCGCAGGCGGUUCCCUGCUGGACUGCAUCAUGGGUGUGUCGGCAGAUACCGUGGUGUUUGUUGAGGAUAGUACCAGACAAAUUGUACUUGUUCUGCCUACCAGCUCUUUACUUGGUUGGGUGGAGAGCGGCGGCUGGACGCGCGUGUACUACCACCGCGGCGAGAGCGUGCGCCUGCGCGGCGGGGCGGGGCUGGCGCGCCGCCUGGCCGCCGUGGGCCCGCCGCACGCGCGCGCGCUCGCCGAGAUCACGCUCGAGCGGGGCGCGCAGCCGCAGCUCGGAUUCCACGUACAGCCGGACGGGCUGGUGACGCUAGUGGAGAGCUCUGGCUGCGCCGCCCGCGCCGGCAUCAAGCGCGGCGCGCGGCUCUUGGAAGUGUGCCGCGCCGCCGUAGUAGCGCUGCAUCACGACCAACUCGUAGACCUGCUUAAAACCUCGGAUCCUGUUACCGUGACGGUAACGUUCGCGUCGAGUACGAAGUGCCAGUGCGAGUCGGGCCCGGAGGAGGGCGGGCUGGCGCCGGGCCGCGGGGACGCGCAGCAGCCCGGCCGGCCGCGCCGCGCAUACGAGCGGGGACACUCGCCGCCACGCUCCGAUAGCUCCGGAUAUGGCACUGGUGGGUCGUGCCGCAGCGGUCGGCGGUCCCCGCAGUCGUCGCCGCUGCCCGAGGCGGUGCGGCGCCGCUCGCACGACGACGCGGCCUCCCCGCGACACAGCCGACACAAACGGGCCUCCGCCAACACUUCGUCGCUUACUGAGGAUCUGAUCCGAAUGAUGGACGCGGAGCUAGGCGAGGGUGGUCGGGGCUCCGCUGUGAGUAGUAGCGGGGGCCCCGGGCCGGGCGGGGCGGCGCCCCUGCCACUGCCAGACGCUGGAGCCCUGGACUGGGCCGCGCUCGUACAUACUGCCACGAGGGCUAUGCUUCAGAUCUGUGAAGAACAUCAGUACCCAUCCAUGGACAACACGGAUCCUUCAUUGGAGAUGCUACCCAACGAACCUACCACCGAUUCUUGGAAUGACGUCAAUACUACGACAGAGACAGUUCCCGUGGCAACACAAGGUAAUGGUGCAACGGACGCGUGUGCGUGUGGGCUGGCGGCCCGCGUCGCCGCGCUCGAGACCGACGCCGCCGCCGCGCAGCGACACAGGCACCAACUCGAGGAAGAGGUACGUCGGUUACGGAGACACAACGCGCGGCUUCGUGAGGAGUCUGCGAGAGCAGUGUGGCAGCUGAGACACUUUACCCAGUGGCUCAAGAGGACCGUCGACCGACAAUGA